GACCCUGACACAUCUCAGGAGAAGAAGAAGCAUCUUCCCGUUACAGGAAGUCGUGAAGUUGUUAAAAUUCCUCCACGAAUCGCUUCUCUGGACUAAAAUGGAGGAAAGCUCGCGUGUCGUCGGGUCGUGCGACUAGACUCGAACUCGCGACACGCCAGCAGCGUCCUCACCGCGCGGUUGGAAACGCGGACGGCCACUACGCCUGCGCAGUGCGCACCAGAACACCGAGCCGCCCUUCCUCCUCCCCGCCAACAAGCACCGCAGGGUCGAGCGGACGUCGACUCGCAACAACCCCGAGUUUCUCCCCGUCGCGGCCCGGCCUCUCCCCGGGGCCGAGAUGGAGAGCCCGCGCUGCUGCGAACACGAGCAACCUCUCCUGCUGCCGUCUCUGCGGCUCUUCAUCCCGCCGCUGCGCCUGGUGUCUGCCGCCAUGUGGCAGGUGGUCCAGAGGGGAAACGUGCACGACUACGGGAUGGUGGAGGAGUUCAUCAGCACCGUCACGGAAAUCGUUCCCGAUCUGUUGAACGCGGAUCAGAAGGCUCAGCUCCUCCUGGGACUCAGAGCGCGGGUGGUUCUUGAAUUGUGUCAAACUGAGGAGAUCAUCGACAGAGAAACCAUCGAGCUGCACCUGGAGCGGAUCAAGGCCCUCGUGUCCACGUGGGCAGCGCAGCCAUGUUUUGCAGCGGUGGAGUUUCCAGAAUCAAACUUUGUGGAUCAAGUUGAACUGCUGUUGAAAGACCCUGAAGAGAGAGAGAAGUUUUUCCAGGAUGUUUUCCCCACGGACUUUGGGCCUGAGUAUGACAGCGCUCUGCAGGUGCUGAUGCUGGAUUUCCUGUCCAGACUGGAGAAGCUUCUUCCGGUUCCAGACAUCCAGCAGACUGCGUCCAUGCUCUGUGCCGUCCCGUCUGCCCUGGAGGAGUGUGUCCACUCGGUUCCUGACCUGCAGCACCUGAAGACUGUUCUCCUUUACCACACGACUCUUGGACAUUUUGAUUUCUCUGAAGAAACUCAGACCAUUCCAUCUUCCUUUGGGAACUGCAUCCUCUCCUCGUUGUCCCUGCCUCAGCUGGAGAAGGUGAUAAUCGACGCCGACCAAAUACAGCUGCAGCCUUCGUCCGAUCAGAUGCAGGGUUGCGUGACCGUCCAGGUGGAGGGUGAGACUGUGACUCUGUUGGACUACAUACACAUUGAACAGCCGUCGGGUUUGGACGAGCCUGACGAUCUGGAGGAAAAUGACCUGAACGAGGAGGAGAUUAUGUCCGGAGACGCGAUGGAGGAAGACGACGUCGGUGACACUUUAAAACCAGCAGCUUUUCAACCUCUGAAACAAAGCAAACGGCUGCAGUUAAAGAGAAAAGCUUUAAAAGACAAAGACUCAGCGGCGGCUAAGAGGCAAAGAAAAAAAUACUCCAGCGAUAAGACGUGUCCCGUGUGCAAUAAGAUUUUCCUCCGAGCCGCAGCCAUGAGACGACACCAGGAAAUUCACUCCACAAACCGGGAUCUCAGGUACAAGUGCGCCAACUGUGACAAGCGAUUCAGGGACCAUUAUGACAUGAACCGACACAACAUGCGCGUCCACGAGAAAGAGGACAUGGGCGUGAAUCCCCCAGAAGACGACCCGGGGGAACCUUGCACCUCUGAGAUGUCGGAUAACAAAAACUGCUCUCUGUGUGGGAAGUACUUCGCCCGCCACGUCGACAUGGAGCGACACAUGAAUUCCCACUCGGAGGACCGCCCGUAUAAAUGUUGUUACUGCGAGAAGAAAUUCAAGAAUCCUUACGUGUUAAAGAGACACCAGAAGGAGAUCUGUAAGAGCAGGGAGCUGAAAAAGACAAAGAGGAAAGAGGCGCAGCAGCCGAACCCGCCGCCGCUGCCGCCGCCUCCGGACGGGUCGACGGAGAGUAAAAUCUGUCCCAUCUGCAGCCGGGUCUUACCGUGCACGGCGGACAUCGCAAAGCAUCUGCGCUCUCACUCGGAGGAGCGUCCUUUCAUUUGCAUCACUUGCGAGAAGGGCUUCAAGUACAAGGACACGCUGAAGAAGCAUCAGAUCAUUCACGGUCACGACGGGAUCAGAGAGGAACAGAGCAAGUCGGUGGAGCAGAUUCUGGCGGAAGCAGACACUCAGGCAUGUGAGGAUAAUUGCAGCCUCGACAGAAAACAAAGUCAUCUAGAUUUAUCAGCAGAUAUUUCUGAGGAGUCUCCUUCAGCACCGAAGGAAAAAGUCACCAAAAAGCCCCUGAAAGUGUGUCCGGUCUGUUCCAGGGCGUUCGACAGUGUGAAAACCCUGAACAGGCACAUCCAGUGUCACACAGACGAUCGUCCGUAUCAUUGCGUUCACUGCAAGAAGCGUUUCAAACACAUGCACGGGCUGAAGAGACACCAGAUCUACGCCAUCUGCCACAAGAAAAUCAACAGGUUCCUGUGGAAGAAGGAGCCGAGGGCGGGGUCCAGCCAGAGCGACGCGAACGGCACUGACCCCCCGCAGGGGCCCCCGCUGAAGAUCCCUGUGUGGUGUUCCAACUGCGGCAAACACUUUGAGUUCCUGUCCGCCCUGAAGGAGCACCAGGAGAACGUGUGCAAGGUGGACGUGAGGGACGUCAUGAAGUGCAACGAGUGCGGGAAGGAAUUCAACAGUAUGACGAUGCUGAAGGUGCACCAGAGGAUCCACGACCCGCUCUACUGCAACGAGUGCGGCAAGAUACUCGCCAACGAGCCUGCGUUCGAGAGGCACAAGCUGAUGCACCGGCCGAUGCAGUGCACGAUGUGCGACAAGACUUUUACUCUGCUGAGGCGCUUGAGGGAGCACUACGAGAAGCAGCACGACUUCACGGGCCCGUAUCCCUGCGCACAAUGUGACAAAACCUUCAUCCAGCUGCCCUACCUCGCCAUCCACCAGAGAAUCCACAAAGGGGAGUUCCCUUACAUCUGUACCCUGUGUCCGGAGAAGUUCAGGUCCUCCAACUGUCUCACGGUUCACCAGAGGAAACACACCGGGGAGAAGCCCUUCCUGUGUUGGCAGUGCGGAAAGUGUUACCGCUCGGCCUCAGAGCUCACGGUCCACAUGGGGACGCACUCGGAGGAGAGGCCCUGGGCCUGCGCGCAGUGCGACAUGGCGUAUCGCACAAAGCUGCAGCUGACCAACCACGUGGAGCAGAUCCACAUGGGCGUGCGGUAUCCCUGCAACAGCUGCGGGAAGCAGUUCAUGAAGGAGACGUCGCUGAAGAGGCACGAGCUCAUCCACACGGGCGAGAGGCCCCACCAGUGCACCGUGUGCGGGAAGACCUUCCUGACCGCCAACGAGCUGCGGCUGCACAACAGGUAUCACACCGGGGAGCGGCCGUACAAGUGCGAGGUGUGCGGCAAAGCCUUCAUCCAGUCGGGGUAUCUGAAGUCGCACAUGCGCAUCCACACCGGGGAGAAGCCAUUCAAGUGCGACCUGUGCAACAAAGGCUUCCGGUUGUCGUAUCACAUGAAGAAACACAGGCGGACUCACACCGGGAAGCCGAAGAGCUACAUGUGCGAGGAGUGUGGGAUUGCGUUCCUCCAGAAAAAAUCCCUCUGGGAACAUUCGCUCACUCACAACGUGAAACUGGAAUCUGCGUUCACAGAGGAAGUGAGAAUCGAGUUUCAGUAGAAAUUUGAUGACUUUUUUUUUUAUACAAUGUUCAGACAACAAACCAAAAAAAACACCUUAUUUCUUGGGUCUUAAUUCCUCCUUUGUUAUUUGAUUUUGACCAAAUUAUAAGUUGUAUUUUUUUUUCCCCCUUGUUGCAAAAACUGUUGAUUCACAUAUUCUGUGAAACAUUGAUGAACUACAAAUAUAUAAUUUCUGCUUACUUUGAUUUUGAAAUAAAUCAAACUUGAAUGUGUAA